AACGAAAAAGAUAAAGAGAAAUAAUGAUGCAAUUGCAAUUGGUGUGGGCGUGUAGGUGUAGGGUUCCGGCACGUGUGGGAGGCGUAAGCAGAAGAACAAGUGUGAGAGCAAUGCGAGCGGUGGUUCAGCGCGUGGCCUCUGCCUCCGUCGAGGUCGAAGGCCGCAUCGUCUCCGAGAUUGGCCCCGGCCUCCUCGUCCUCGUCGGAAUCCACGACUCCGAUUCCGACGCCGAUGCCGAUUACAUAUGUCGUAAGGUCUUGAAUAUGAGGCUUUUUCCAAACGAAAUUACUGGCAAAGCGUGGGACCACAGUGUAAUGCAAAAAAAUUAUCAAGUUCUAUUGGUGAGUCAAUUUACGUUGUAUGGAUUCUUGAAGGGUAACAAGCCAGAUUUUCACGUUGCCAUGGCGCCACAGAGAGCCAAGCUCUUCUAUGCCUCUUUAGUUGACAGGUUUAGGAACGCCUAUAACAAUGAUGCAAUCAAGGACGGUGUAUUUGGAGCAAUGAUGAAGGUAAAUUUGGUUAAUGAUGGACCAGUUACAAUGCAGCUUGAUUCACAAUCACCCAAGAAUUCAGUUGAUGCAGUAGAAUCUUGAUCAGUGGUCAUCUGGCUUGAUGAAAUUUGAGUUUUGAAUUAUAGCUCCUGUCAGAAAGACCAAAUGUAAAACAUGAUUUGUGUUGUUCGUUCUAGUAGAAGUUCUUUCUCCCCCAAUUAAUGUAGUGAUUCCAUUUUGUAACACUAUUUAGUUCAGAGUGCCUUAGAUUGUCCUUGUCCGUUCUGCCAUCUGAGGAUAGAGUUUGGAUCCUUCUUGGACAAAAAAACAAGCUAAUACCGGAUGAAUACUAAACUGGGUAGCUGUUACCCUACAGUUGAAGUCUAGUUACCAUAUGCCAAGUUAUACUUUAACUGAUUCGACCGAGAAACCUGUUGAAGGUUCCUCGCCCUCGCCAUUCCUAAUAUUUAUUGUUGACCGAAUGUGUAAUAAGAUUUUGGGUUCUUUCUACUCUCCAUGGAUGAGUAAUGUUAUUUCUUCACA